AUAAUACAGCAAAAUCAAUAUGGAUUUAGCCAUGUUUAUUUCUCUCUUUCUACAAUUUCUUCAUGUUUUCUCUUCUUCAACGUAUCAAUCAUCUGAUCUUCAUCACUCAACACAGCUGAAACCCUAAUUCGAAUUUUUCUAAGCUCUUGAAGGCAAUGAUGAGGCUGCAAACUUAUGCUGGGGUUAGUGUGGCGGGUGCUCUUGCUGUAAUAUAUCACGCUUUUAGUAGUAGAGGUCAAUUUUAUCCAGCCAUGGUGUACUUAUCGACCUCGAAGAUCUGUUUGGUGCUACUUCUGAACAUGGGUUUGGUGAUGAUGUGUAUUUUGUGGCAGUUAACUAAACGUUUGUUUCUUGGGUCACUACGGGAAGCAGAGGUGGAGAGGUUGAAUGAACAGUCUUGGAGGGAAGUUAUGGAGAUACUUUUCGCGAUCACUAUAUUCAGACAGGAUUUCUCAGUUACUUUUCUCGCUAUGGUUACGGCUUUACUGUUAAUUAAGGCGUUACAUUGGUUGGCUCAGAAAAGGGUCGAGUACAUAGAGACAACUCCAGCUGUGACAAUGUUGUCACACUCCAGGAUUGUUUCUUUUAUGGGGUUUCUUCUUAUUCUGGAUAGUAUCUUUUUGUACAGUUCGUUACAGUAUUUGAUCCAGACAUGGAAGGCUUCAGUUUCUCUCUUCUUUGCAUUUGAGUAUAUGAUACUAGCCACAACAACAGUGUCAACAUUUGUAAAAUAUGUCUUUUAUGUUAGUGACAUGCUUAUGGAAGGGCAGUGGGAGAGAAAGGCAGUCUAUACCUUCUACCUGGAACUUAUUCGAGAUUUACUUCACUUGUCUAUGUAUCUGUGCUUCUUUCUUGUGAUUUUCAUGAACUAUGGAGUGCCGUUACACUUGAUCCGGGAAUUGUACGAGACAUUCCGCAACUUCAAGGUCCGUGUCGCUGAUUAUAUUCGGUACAGGAAAAUCACUUCAAAUAUGAACGAUCGUUUCCCAGAUGCAACGCCCGAAGAGCUUAACACAGGUGACGCGACCUGCAUUAUUUGUCGUGAGGAGAUGGCUACAGCGAAAAAACUCAUCUGCGGGCACCUUUUUCAUGUGCAUUGUCUUCGAUCUUGGUUAGAACGACAGCAUACUUGCCCUACAUGUAGAGCUUUAGUUGUCCCAAUGGAAGGUGGAACAGCUGCAUCUGUGGGGCAACAGGGAGGGCGAGCUCAAGUCCAUCAACAAGCUGGAAUUGGUGGCGGUACAUCACCACAAGGUUCUGCAGGUGGUGCAGCCAACACUCAUUUGACUCAGCAUCAGGCUAGAAUACAAGCUGCUGCUGCAGCUGCAGCAAUAUAUGAGAAAUCCUACGUUUACCCUUCUGCAAAUACACUUGCAUGGUCUACUGGUUAUGCUGUACUUCCUCGGGGUGCUACAUCUUCGUCAGAUUUUUCUAAUACUGAAUCUACCGGAGAAAGAAUAAUCUCUGGAAUUUCAGGUGGACAGACAAAUGUCACGCAUCCUCAGGUUUCUCAAGGUGCCUUCGUCCCUUUGCAUGCAUUUAGUGGUGUCAAUUUGAAGGACGGUGACAAGUCAGGAAAUGACCUGAAUGGAUAUGGUUCUCACUUGGAGGUCCAGGAAAGACUUCUCAAGCAGCAGAUUGAGGUUCUACAGAGCCAGCUGCGUCAGUUAAAUCAUCACAAAUCAGAUAAUACAAACGCAAGCAUUCCAUCACCAGCUGAUAACAAGGGCAAAGGGAUUGCAUCAUCAUCUUCAGAGAGUGAUCGUAUUGCUGAAGAGGUAAAAAUGAAGAGAGAAAAGAUUCAAUGAAACACAUGUAGCGGGAGAAGGCGAGCAAGAAAGAGCGAGUGACACAGGGGGGGUUAUAAAGUUAAUGAUGCAAUCCUUGCUUUUGCCCAAAUAAGAAAGAAGAAAAACUAUUCCAGAAGUUGGAAGUUUUGCAGGGAAGGAGGUAUAAUGAAAUUCUAAGAAAACUUGUUACUUGGUAGGUUACAUUAAAAAAUGAUAAAAUCUGGAAUGUAUGUAUAUUAAUAUGAUGAUUAAUAUCCUAAAUAGUUUAAAGUUUGUUUGUGGAAGCUCUCAAAAGUUUUCCUUUUUCGAAUGUAUUAACGUAGCAAACCAUCGUUCAUGCACAAUCAGUUGCCCUAGUA